ACAUUGUUAUUUGCACGGCUUUUAUUUGUUUACUUAUGUGACAAUGAUUAACGAAAGCAUAAAGGAUUUAAUACAAAACUGCUUACUACCAGAAUUAAAGGAAAAUUUCGAUUCUGCACUCAUUAACAAGGAGUGUUUCAAAUCCUACCAUGAAUGCUUACUUGUACAACUACCUGUAAUUUUCGAUUGGAUGCAUGAACAAGAGAAAUGGUUAUUUUCUAGUAACGAAAAUGAUCAUGAAAAACAGGAUAUUCAAGGUCAACUAAUAAUUUUGCUCAGUGAAUUGUCCGGAUUGUCCUCUUAUGAAGCCAUUUACAAUUUGGAUAGCAAUUCGCAGCUCUUAACACAUGUUGAAAGACUUUUAAAUCGUUUCGAAAUAAGAAUGUCUGCUAAAGCGGAGGAAAUUAUUUUUAAUUACUAUAAAGACAAAUUACACAAAGACAAAUGGAAGAGAAAUUUGGGAACAAUCCACGGUUUUACGCGUUAUUUAGAACAUCGUUUUCAAGGUUCGUUUGGUAUGACUCAACUAUCCUUAAAUUUUUCUUUAGCAGCAGCUUUAAAUGUAAGAACUUGUCAUGAGUCACACUACAAAUAUUUAAGUACAAAAAUUUUCCACACUAUGCUUGAUCAAGGUAACGCAAAUGACAUACGUAAAACGAAUAUACAUAGCGUUAUAUACGAUGCUGCACUAAAAGACAUCUACAUAAUGGAUUCUUUGCUCUUUGUGAAAUCGUUAUGGAACUGUUUAUUGAAAUGCUUAAAUUUUUAUUCCGAGAUUGAUAGUUUUACGUGGAGUCAGGUGGACGAUCUCUUAGAAGUGCUUAUACGCAACGUUACUCUCGCACCUGAUAGUUCAACUUCUUUACAAUUAACAACGUUUAUUAAUAGGUUAAUGGUGUACUUUGCCAUUAAUAAUCGAGAACUCGAGGAAAAAUUAAAAACCGACCUAACAAAAGUGAACUGUUUAAAAGAUUGUCGUUUGUUAUUUUCCCAAAACACAAGUUAUACGUGUUACCGCUGGGCUAAAAGUAUAUUGCAAAUGUUUAUUUUGGAAUCUCACAAGUUAAAGCAAUCUCCAGACACCUCUUUAAAAUUAUUAAAUGAAUUACAUCACUGCUAUCUCGUUACGAUCUUCCCCAUAAAUCUGUGCAUUAUAGAGUCUCACUUAGUCGAGUUCAUGGAAAAAUUUAAUAUUAUUUUGAUGGAAGUUGUUAGAAUUCAGAAAGAAAAUGAAACUGUCUUGAAGGCUAUCACGGACCUUUUGGAGACUUUUUAUUUGCAUUUGGAGAACUGCUCAAAAUCUUCAAAAUUGCUUAAGUAUAAAAAUGCGUAUUGUGAACUUUUUAAACAUCCGCCAUUUCUCAGUUAUGUCUCUGUAAUAUGAUCAUGUAAAACAAAUUUAUUUUGAAAGAAAACAACAUAAUAAAAAUAAGAAAUCAUGAAAUAAUUUUUUUCCCC